CACGCGCAAACCGGUCCGGUGAGAGCGCAAUCAGCGCAUGGCGUGAUAGAGAAACCGUAGACCGGUUUAUCAGGCUCCGACUCGGAUGCAAGCGCAUAAGAACCGCUCGCCGUCUCGUGCACCAGUUCACAAUCAUGAUUCACCUCAUCGUCGCCGCCGCUCUCGUCGGAGGUCUUUAUGCCGUGUUGGUGGAGACCCUGUUUAAGAAGUCCAAAUGUAAAGCAACCGCUGAUAUGACCGGGAAAACGGUUAUAAUUACAGGUGGAAAUACAGGUAUCGGUAAGGCCACGGCUCUGAAUCUGGCUGCUCGUGGUAUGAGAGUGAUUCUGGCUUGUAGAAACCGUCAGAAGGCCGAAGCCGCAAUAAACGACAUCAAGAUGGCUACAGGCAGCAAUGAUGUCGUGUUUAUGGAGCUUGAUCUUGGGAGCCUUAAAUCCAUACGAUCUUUCGCUGAGACAUUUCUAAAAUCUGAGUCCAGGCUUGAUCUGCUCAUUAAUAACGCAGGUCUCGUGGCGGAUGGUCGAACCGCAGAUGGCUUUGGCAUAGAAUUUGGCGUCAAUCAUCUUGGCCAUUUUCUGCUCACAUGUCUUCUGCUGAAUCGUCUAAAGGAGAGUCCUGCGGCCCGAAUCGUCACGCUGGCCUCCAUGGCUUAUCGCUGGGGCAAGAUUGACUUUGAUUCUCUCAAUGCCACUAAAGAUCUGGGAUCAGGGAGAUACAGCUGGCAGUUUUUCCAGGCUUAUUGCAACAGCAAAUUAUGCAAUGUCCUGUUCACUCACGAGCUGGCCAAAAGACUGAAGGGUUCGAAUGUGACCUGCUACAGUGUUCAUCCAGGUGUCGUGAAGACCGAGCUUUCCCGACAUGUGAGUCUCUGGCAAAAGGUGUUCAUUGAGCCGAUUGCUAGACUUCUUUUCCUAGAUCCAAAGACCGGAGCGCAGACGACCCUACAUUGUGCCGUUCAGGAAGGAAUCGAACAUCUGAGUGGACGUUAUUUCUCCUGUUGUGCUGUGGAAGAAGUCUGUGCCAAAGCCAAAGAUGAUGCGGUGGCCAAGAAGCUUUGGGAUGUGAGCGAAAGACUCUGUGGACUUUCUUGAACCCGCAAAAACUGUUUAAUUUCUGGUGGAUGGAGACCCUUUGUGGUGUUUGACGAAAUCUUACACUUAAAGAAAUUCAAGUAUGAAGUAGUGAAGCCGACCCUGGAAGUUUCUAUUGAUGGACACAAUUAUUUCCCAAGCUUACAGUGUUUCUUUUAUUUGUAUAGUUACAUAUGUGUUGUGGUGUUUUUUUAAUGUAUUAAAGUAUGUAAUGAAUCACAA